CAAUGCAGAACAUAUAAGCAGAAUCACGACUUUCCCAUGGGAACACUGGUCUGACUGCAAUUUCCCAAUAACGACUUCUGGUCCAGAGCAGGUCAACUUCUAUGUAAGAGUGAAGGCAAUUUAUACCCUUGGACACAGUGUAUCUCUGAUUGCCCUUACAACAGGAAGUAUAAUUCUUUGCCUUUUCAGAAAACUUCAUUGUACUCGGAACUACAUCCAUCUGAACCUGUUCCUCUCUUUCAUUCUAAGAGCCAUCUCUGUUUUAGUCAAGGAUGAUAUUCUCUAUUCCAGCUCCAACACAGCUCACUGUCCAGAGGAUCAAACCUCAUGGGUGGGCUGCAAGGCUAUUUUGGUGUUUUUUCAGUAUGGUGUUAUGGCAAACUUUUACUGGCUCUUAGUUGAAGGACUUUACCUCCACAUCCUCCUUGUGCUGAUAUUCUCCCCCAACAGACACUUCACAGUCUACCUGCUGAUUGGAUGGGGAAUUCCUACCAUAUUCAUUAUUACAUGGACAGUGACACGGAUCAUUUUAGAGGAUACUGGUUGCUGGGAUACAAAUGAGCAUGGUGGUCCCUGGUGGGUUAUACGAAUACCAAUUUUAAUUUCUAUUAUAGUGAAUUUUAUACUUUUCAUUAGCAUUAUAAGAAUCUUACUGCAGAAGUUAAGAUCUCCAGAUGUUGGAGGAAAUGACCAGUCACAGUACAAGAGACUUGCAAAAUCCACAUUGUUGCUUAUUCCGUUAUUUGGAGUUCACUACACAGUGUUUGCUCUAUUUCCUGACCGCAGUUCCAAUAAUUAUAAAAUAAUCUUUGAGUUGUGUUUGGGAUCUUUUCAGGGGUUGAUUGUUGCAGUCCUGUAUUGUUUUUUGAACAGUGAAGUGCAAGGGGAGCUGAAAAGAAAAUGGCGGAGUUUGUGCUGGAAGCAGACAGCAGGCAGAGAUUACAGAUUCCACAGCUCUUCAAUCUCUCGAAAUGGAUCAGAAAGUGUUUCUCAGCUCCACCGGAAUUCAAGGGCUCAGUCGUUUAUGCAGACAGAGACCACCAUGAUAUAAAACAGAUAGGUUCCUCAAAACAUGAAAGACUGUGGAGUGUAUCAUUCAUUACGCAGUUUGAUGUGACAUUUUGUAAAACGUACAGUUUAGAGCUUUGCUUUUCUACAUGUUUGUAUUUGGGAAAUUGGUUUGUGCAGCCAACCAGGUAAUAACAGAGACACCUGCCCCAUGGAUGCUUUCUGUUUUUUUCUAAGUAGUAUUCAUAUUAAUUCUGAUGUUCUCUUGCCGUUUACUAGCUGUAACUAUUCAAAAACUCAUAUACACUAAUGAUCCCUGUACCGUCCAACAUGUCUGCAAGACAGAUAUAUGGUAUCCUGUUCAAUGCCGACUGCUUUGGUACAUGUUGAAAAGGUUAAGAUGGGGAGCAAGAAAAUUUCUUACACUUUGUUUUUACUUAAGGAAACAUUUAUUUCCAUAAGGAUUAGGAAAUUCUUUCCUAAUUAUGGAAAACAAAAUAAAAAUAAAGAAGUCUAUAAUUAACCGCACUGGGAGUUUAGUGUGCUAAUCCAGGAAAUCAUUAAUAUUAUUUAUACAGAGG